CCACCACAUCUUUCACCCAACAAAUCUUCCAAUUCCAAGAUUCCUAUUCGAAUCUUCAUUUUGUAAAUACAUACACACUCACACAUUUACGAUUUUCAUAUUUCUUUUUUAUUUAUUUAUAAAUUUUAAUUUAUGAUAAACAUUUGAUUUAUAAGAUUCAGAUUCUUUUCGCGCGCCACGGCGGCAAUGACGGCGGCAUCUUCUGCGAAUCUUACAUUGAAACUCAUUUCCGAGUUUGCUGACUCAUCAUCCUCCCCACCGACAAAGCUAGGGUUUAUAAAUCUCCGGCGACGGAACAUGACGUCAUCAGGCUGUAUGAAUUUGGCGCCAAUUAAAGCAGCAAUGGAGAGAAUGCCUUCUUCAUUCGUUGAUUUCAAACCUAAUCCACCUGAUGCUGUUGAUUCCAAUGAAACAUGUGCAAAUGAAAGGGGAUCUAUGAAGAAGAAUAUUCUAUGGCAUAAAUGUUCAGUUGAUAAAAUGGAUAGACAAGAAUUGCUUAAUCAAAAAGGUUGUGUUAUUUGGAUUACUGGCCUUAGUGGUUCAGGAAAGAGCACUGUCGCUUGUGCGUUAAUUAGGGCGUUACAUGCUCAAGGGAAGUUGACAUAUGUCCUUGAUGGUGAUAAUGUUAGGCAUGGUCUUAAUUGUGAUCUUACUUUUAAAGCAGAGGAUCGUGCCGAGAAUAUAAGAAGGAUUGGUGAGGUGGCUAAGCUGUUUGCGGAUGCUGGACUUAUUUGCAUAGCUAGUGUGAUAUCUCCCUAUAGAAAAGACCGUGAUGCUUGUCGAUCUAUACUUCCAGAUGGAGAUUUUAUUGAGGUAUUCAUGGAUAUCCCUCUAUGUGUAUGUGAGGCUCGGGAUCCAAAAGGCUUAUACAAGCUCGCACGGGCUGGAAAGAUUAAAGGUUUUACUGGGAUUGAUGACCCAUACGAAGCGCCUCUAAAUUCUGAGAUUGUAUUACAACAAGAGGGAGAGGUCUGUCCUCCACCUGAGGCUAUGGCGGAGAAAGUGAUUUCUUAUUUGGAAGCCAAAGGGUAUCUACAUUCAUAGUGUUCAGGACGCCUGCAUCCUGUAUGACUUAUUACACAAGGUAUUGUGAUGAAACAUUCUAGGAAAUUACUCGUUUCCUGAUUUGGGUUCAAGUCAUCAGUGUUAUUUGUUACAUAUAGUCAGGAUAAAAGUUAAGUUAAUAAGGAUUUGCUGUAAAAUAUGUACUUUAAUAUGUACAAUUGUUGCCAAUUGUUGGUAUUUGUGAAAGAAAAUGAUUUACAGUCGAAACUUUAAAGAUUA